AUGGGUUAUACUGCUAAUAAAGAUUUUACUUCCAUAAAAGCUUCACGUUCCUCACUUUCCACUGGAACCACAAGUAAUAUCUCAAUCAAUCUUCUAAGAAAUGAUUCCACAUAUACAAUAGACCGAUCCCCACCCAAUGUAGUUCAGAAUUUUUUAUCUGAAAGUGUUAUUACGAAAAAUAGGUGGUCAUUUAAUGUAACCUGGGAAACUGCCAUUCAAAAUAUAACAUACAUUUUAUGUUGGUAUUUCUUUUCCACGGCAUUAUCAUUUUAUAAUAAACAUCUUAUGGGAAGAGAUUAUUUUAAUUUAAAUCUUCCAAUCUUUGUGAGUGCGUUGCAUAGCGGAAUGCAUUUCUUAAUAACGUUCGCAAUGAUGAAAGGAUAUUUAUCGUUUAUUUAUAAAAAACCGGAAGAAAAAUUUGUUUCAUCAAAUAAUUAUUUGAAUCGAGUAGUUCCAUGUGCUCUUGGUGCAGCAUUUGAAAUAUGUAUGGCAAAUGCUUCACUUGUAUUGGAACAACCUAGAAUGAUUUUAGUAUUUAUAAUAUCAAUAAUAAGUAUUGGAGUAGUGAUGACAGUUUUUGGGGAAACUCAAUUUAAUUUAAUUGGAUUUUUAUUGGUUCUAGGGGCAUCAAUAAUUAGUGGAUUAAGGUGGUCAAUAACUCAAAUGUUACUUCAAAAAGAGGAGGCGAUGAAUAGUCCAUUCGCUACUCUUUAUUAUUUAUCCCCAAUUAUGUUUUGUGCCAUGUUAUUACUUUCUUUCUUAUUCGAAAGUCCUAUAGCCGUUUUUAAUACUUCUUCCCAUUUUUCUGAUUUCAUUACUGGUAUACAAACAAUUGGUUUAAUGUUUGUCGGAGGAUUUUUGGCAUUUUGUAUGACAAUUGCAGAAUUUGCAUUAAUUAAGAACACAAGUACCGUCACUUUAUCUGUAGCUGGAAUUAGUAAAGAAGUAGUGAUUAUUUCUUUAUCCGUAUUUAUAGAUAAUGAUAAAUUAACUCCACUUAAUUUAUUUGGUGAGCCAUUAGAUUUGAGGAGUCAAUACGAAUGA